UUUUUCUCAAAGCUACUCAGUUGGAACAAAUGACGAGUGAUUAUAAUACAAUUCAGGAACAGAAGAUACUGAUGGAACAAACUGUCAAAAAAAGAGAGGAGGGUCUUCCAGAUUUAGAGAAAGAAGUUUUAUCGCAUGAACAAAAGUUUAAAGAUUUAGGAAGUAUAGAGACACUUAGAGAAAAUAAACGCAAAUUACAACAGGCAUUUGCAUGGGCUCAAAUACAUGAGAUGGAAAAGGAAUUGGAACCACUUAACAAACAAAUAAGAACAGAGGAAGCUAGAAUUCCUAAAUUUGAUCAGAAAGUUAAAGAAUCUCAGGAAAAAGCUGAUCGAUGUUCCAGUAGAUGGAAAGCCAUUCAAGAUGAGCUUAAUGCACUCAGUGAGUCAGUAAAGGAAAUUCAACCUGAACACAAAGAAGCAACAAAUGAACUACAAGAACAAAAGAAAAAAUUGAAAACUGUUCAGAAUGAUGUCAGAAAAAUACACAACCAACUGAAAAACAUUGAAAAAGACAAACAACAAUUGGAAGAGAGAAUCAAUGAAAUGAGAAAUAC